AUGGGCAAGACUGUGCUAGUUACAGGAGCCUCAAAAGGCAUCGGCAAGGCAAUUGUGGAGUAUCUGUGUGAUUCCGGUGCAGAUAUCAAGGUAUUGGGCAUUGCCAGGUCGCUUCAAGACCUGCAGGAUUUGAAGUCGAAAUUCGGGUCGAAAUUUUCGUUUCUAUGUGCUGAUAUCACAGACGAGGUGGCUGUGGGAGAGUUUCUUGCGUCUCAACUUGACGGGAUUGAUGCUGUGAUUGCCAAUGCUGGGGUGUUAUCUCCGGUUCAGGGCGUGGCACAUGCUGACACUGCCCAAUGGAAAUCGCUUUUUGACAUCAACUUCUUCAGUGUGGUAUCGCUGGUGGCGCGUGUUUUGCCGCAAUUAAAAGAGUCUAAACAAGGUGAUGUGAUUCUCGUGAGUUCCGGGGCCAGCACCAAGCCAUACUACGCCUGGGGUGCCUACGGUGCAUCCAAAGCCGCACUCAACCACUUCGCUCAGACCUUAGCGUUCGAAGAGCCUCAGGUUCGCACGGUCGCUAUCGCACCGGGCGUAGUUAACACUCAAAUGCAAGACGAAAUUCGGGACCGGCUUGGACCAUCUAACAUGACACCUGAGGCCCUAAAGCGGUUUACAGAUCUACAUGAAAAAGGUGAGCUCCUGGACCCUGAGGUCCCUGCGGCGGUUUAUGCCAAUCUCGCGCUAAAAGGUAUUUCGCCUGAUAUUAACGGAAAAUAUCUUCGCUACAAUGAUGCACAGCUGGCAGAAUACAGCUGA